GUGGCGGCCAGCGUUCCGGCAGGACUCCGGCGAGUCGCGCGAUAUCUGUCGCUUCGCUUCGAUCGCGAGCCGAGGAAGAUAUCUCGGGUAAAAAUCUCGACAACGACGACGACGGCGGCGGCGUCGCGGUAACGCGAUCGCCCAAGAGAGAAAGAUCGUUCUUUUUUUCUCAUCCCCGCGGGUGACGGUCCUCCGGCACGCAAGGGAAGUGCAUCCCUUUUCUCUGUCACGCGAAGUCGCGGGAAGCCCGAUCGGCCGGCGCGGGCGAUCGGCGCAGGAGGACGACGAACCGGAAUGGAGAGGAGGCAGCAGCGUCGUCGUCGUGACUCUUCCAGCUUCCAAGGUUGAAGGCCCAACGCGAAUACACAGCCGCCACCGGAAAAUAUGGGCUCGGAAGCCUGGGAGCUGGAGAGGAGGUACUCGGUGCCGGGAGCUCUGGACACCAGGGGCCUGGAGCCGCCGGCCAGCGAGGAUCUGCACGCAUGGUCGAUUUACAGGCAAAACCUAAACUCCGACUUCACGGAUUCCGCACUCGGCUCCGCUGAGAAGUCGCCGCUGCCGUACGGAAACUUCCAGCUGCGCGACUCUACGGUGCAGAGCAUCCUGCGGCAUCCGCGGUACGGACCCAAGAGCCCGCUGGCCAACAACUCUUACACGUACUUGAAGUUCGGCUUGCCGCGCGUCCUGCCGCCCAGCUCGCGGAAUCGCGACGGCUCGAGCGGCUACGACUCCAGCGAGGAAGGACGACGCGUGUCGCACGCAGGUGCUCCGGUACAUACAACCUCGAUUAUGCGUUCAGCCAGAAGCGAUCCGGAUUUCAGGCAUGUCCACGCUGUCCCGAGGGAGCCGGCGCAUUCUCAGUUAACUGUCGCGAGGGACCAUCCGAGACUGAGAAGCGCCAGCGAGGCUAAUCUCUUGCAGAGCCCGAUCAGGACCAACCGGCGACACAGCAUCGCGCCGAUCGAUCCGGGAUAUAUAGCGCACGGACACGGUAUCAUGGGGCCGGAAGGUUACGCGCUGCCAAUGAGACCCAUGCCGUGUCUGCAGCAUCCUCACCUGCAGCUGCGAGGCGUGGAGGCUGCAGGCUCGGACGGGCUGCCGCUUCUUCGUGGUAUCACCCUCGAGGCCGGCGCCGCCGAGGUGCUGGCCAUUAUGGCGACUACCGAGAAGGAAGGCACGCAGAUCGUCGAGACGAUCGCGGGCAGGAGGCGAAUAAAAAGAGGCGAUAUUCUGCUCAAUGGAAGAUCCAUAUCGGCACGCAGCCUGAGAUCGCGCGUCGCCUAUCUACCCACGGAAAGUGGCCUGAGCCCCGGGCUGACGGCUCAGCAGACUCUCAGCUUCUACAUGUUGCUGAGAGGCGGCCGCAACACCACCACGCUCGAGGCCGAGGCUAUCCUGCAGGAACUCGGCUUGGAGGCGACCAAGCACUGCCUGGUGAACACCCUGACGACCUCCGAGGCCCGACGACUGGCCCUCGCCUGCCGGCUGCUUCAGGACUCGCACAUCCUCGCCUUGGACAGACCCACCCACGGUCUGGACAUUUUCGACGCCUUCUUUCUGAUCGAGUACCUGAGGCAGUGGGCCAGCCGCGGUCAGCGUCUUGUCGUCCUGACCCUACACCCGCCCACCUACGAGAUCCUGACGAUGGUGUCGAGGGUCGCGCUCACGUCCGGCGGUCGAGUCAUGUACUCCGGACCCAGAAGAGACAUGCUGCCAUAUUUCGCGCUCGCCGAGUUUCCCUGUCCGCCGUUCAAGAACCCGUCCGAUUACUAUCUUGAUUUAGUAACGCUGGAUGACCUGUCGGCGGAAGCGAUGCUGGAGUCCUCACAGAGGAUAGAUCACCUGGCUGAGCUGGCCAGAACGAGGCUACCUCCGAUCAGUGAUCCUGGACCACCCGGCGCACUUCCGCCCUCGAUGUCCGGCCCCAAUAUAUUUGUGCAAUUCUACGCGCUAUUGUUACGAACGCUCAUCUACAGUCAACCGUGGACGUUAACAAGACUGUUGCGGAAGAUCGUCAUUUCCGCGUCGCUCAGUGUUCUACUCGGUGCAAUAUUCUGGGACAUCGCCGGCGAGUCGAAUCUAUAUCUACGAGACAGAAUAGGCUAUCAUUACGCUAGUUUGGGCAUCUUCUUCUGGCCCCUGAGCCUCCUGGCGAUGUGCGACGUGGCCAGCAGCAGGCCAAACGUGGAGAGGGACAUCAGGGACGGGCUGUACGGUAGAUUUAUGUAUAUUAUCGUAGAGCUCAUCUGUAGCGUGCCGUCCUGGUGCGUGAUCUAUCUGAUAUAUCUUGCGCCGGCGUUUGCGAUGUCGGGGCUGCACCUCGUGCCGGACGAGAACCUGACGUCGUUGUGGAACUACCUCGCCGUCGGUCUGCUGUACCUGAUGCUGCAGCAUCUCAUCUGCACGUUCUUCGCGCACGUGUGCAAGUGGACCUAUCUGGCGGCGUUGUUCGCCGGCGUGAUACUGGGCGAGAUGACCCUAGCCGGUGGGGCAACUUUGCACUUGGACAAUCUGCCGUCGUGGUAUCAGCAGAUCAGCCCGAUACAGUGGUCGUUGUCGUUGCUGCUGCCGCGUCUUCACAAAAGCGAGAGCGUGGGAAAGCUGGCCAAUUGCAAGCCCAAACAGAUCCAACGGCAGGACAUCAUUAUCCAGGCGGCGUGCGAGCCGCCCGACGGCGCGUUAGCUCUUCGCGAGAUCGGCCUCGACAAGUUGAACGUACGGGGGGAGCUUUGGCUGGGCAUCGGAGUGGCUGUCGUCGCCGUGUUGAUCAUUUUCGGAUUCUUGUGUGUCAAGUACGCCACUCCGAAGAGGCCCAGAAGCGCCCCGAACAAACCCUGAUAUGCCGCACGUUGAAUCGUCGUCGUGAAGUAGAAUCGAGACCGUACGAUUCGAGUGCCACGAAGUCGAUCUAGGUAUUCGUGAGCUUUCCAUCCUUCGGAGCAAAUGUCAUUCUUCAUUGUAGAUUGAAAAUCAUGUACCAUCCAGAUAUGAACUCGUCAAACAUUUUCGCUGACAGUGUGUUCUCGUAGAUGUCCUCUUGUCAUUUGUAGGUUUUCUAUUAUAUUUUAGCGAUUGGAUGUUCGAGUUUGACUUUGACGAAAAGUCACUUUGGCGGAAUUCUACUUCGUUAAUUCGCAUCGCGCUCGUAAAGUUUUGUGAACGUCUACUCCAUUGCGAUUCUUUAAAGGAACAAACUUUAGGGACUCGCAGGGUAGACAGAGAGGUGGUAUGGAGUACAAAGCUUAACGAGACAUUACACUAUCCUGUAAUAGAAGCUCGUUGUUUAUAGACGACAAAUAAACGCGCUUAA